GCGCAGGCCGGGGACGGCGACGCUGCGAGCGCGGGCGCCGCCGCGUCGGGCAGCGGCGCUUCUGGCGCCGAGUCCAGGGGCCAGAAGCGCCGCGCGGACGACGCCGCGCCCGCCGAGGAGCCCUCCGCGGCGGGCGGCGAGGACUUCCGACGAUGUUGAUCCCCUCGACGCCUUCAUGGCCGGCGUGCAGGACCAGGCGGCGGACGAUCUGGCGAACACCGGCAAGCGCUUCGCGGCCGCGCUGGAGGAGAAUUCUGGGCGCGCCGAGGCGCAGGCUGGUAUGACCAAGGGCCAGCUCGCCCUGGACAACCGGCGCCGGAUGUGGCGGAACAAGGACAAGAGGAUGAAGGAGAGCUGGGGAUCCAGAACUUUCAGACCUACGACUGACGCCAGGCAGGAGGAGGUUAGGAGGAAUGGAGAGGGGGAUCAGGGAGGCCUCGAUGUCGGGCGUCCUGCCGUGCCUCUGUGA